GCAAGCGUUUGUGUGGUUCGGGACGAUGUUGUGAGCUCCAAUUCUGAUCUGUGCGAAACCUGUGGAGGGCAUGGGACCGGCAAACGGCUCUGGCCGGUUGUGGGAAUGGCGUGUACCAGUGAACGCGUUCACUUUGUGGCCACAUGAGGCCCUCGAGCACGCCAUUGGAGUCAGUCAAACUGACGUCAAUCAAUCUUGUAAACGGAUAACCAAUGGUUGGUUGAACAAAUCCGAUCCCGGCUAUCAAGCAGCGCUCACCGCCACGAGCCGCCACGAGCUUUUCUUCUUUGGCGGCUGAACGCCACGAGCACAGAAAAUCGGGCCUUCAGCAAUGCGUGAGUCAUCAAGUCAAUCGGUGUGAAGAAAUUUGCUGAUAUCAUGCAGGCCAAGUCCAGUAGCCAGUUUGAUUGAUUGAUCACAAUGAUUAGUAUUUAUUAUUUGCUACUGCGCCGAGGGCUUGCUUUUACUUCACUCAGAAUGACAGGGGGCCAGUACCGCGGCUCGCACGCAGAACAAUAAUGCUCACCUGGCUGGUGGCUAGUAGAACCAUGGCAGGGUCUACCGGACUAUCUAGCUACCUUACCGGAAGCGGAUACCGGUACGGCUGUACGUAUGCACAGGAAAGGGUUGAUUAGCUAUUGCUUCUACCAGGUACUAGCUAGUUACCGGUAGAUUCAAAGUGUGAUCUUGCUGAUAGACAUAGCUGUACACAGUACGUAUCCGUACCGGUACUGUACGUCAGUCGCCGGAGAGAUGGAGUUUCGUCUUGGGGAGGUGAGACCGAGAGAGAAUCGAAACUACUGCUUUACCCGCUCUAAUGGCUUAAACGGAGUCAAGGUUUCAAGUCCCGCACGUUUUUGUUCGAGCCGUUCCACUUUUUGCAUCAAAACCAAAAUUUUUCCGUCUCGAAGCCUCUAACAAUCAUUGCAUUCGAGCCCUUAUCAAUAGGAAUAGAAUAGAAUUGAAAACACUGCAGUUGUAUCCAUCAUUGAUAGAUCAUGUCUUCCUACCAUGAAUCCAAAGCCUACAAGAGUGAGGCAAUUGAAGUCCUCAAGCACUUGUUUCCUUUGAUUUCUGUCGCAGCGAUUGGAGCGGUUUUUCUACAGAAUGAACAUGAGUUUGAACCAGCGUAUACUGCACUUCGUGGAGUUCAAGACAUUAUCCUCAAUGAUAGAAAAGCCAGUCGAAGAGAUGGCCGGCAUCAAAGUAUCGUUAACCAGUUGUCCUUCUUACGUGGUGUCCACCGGAUCGAGCUGAAAGGAAAACGCAUCAGUGCGUGCGGGCACCCUUAUCCGUCCAGUGAAAAGUUGCUGACUGAACUACGCCGGAACAGUAUUGAGGGGUUCCAGACGACGAAAAUAGAAACGGUUGCAGUAGGACCUGUGGCAACGAAACACCCUCCCACUGUCUCCGCAAGCCACAAAACAGCUGCCUCAUUCGCCAAGAAGGAGUCGGACAGAAACGAUGACACUCUUCAGCCCAAACAAGACGGCACCGUCAACACCGCCUCAAGCGAGCAACAAUGGCAGAAUCUAGAUGCCGAUGAUUGGACUUGUCAGUGCUGCUUCUGUGAUUACUCUUUUGAUGAGAUGGUAGCUUGCUCGGAAGCGACACACUUUUUCUGCAAGCAAUGCGUCAGUGGCUAUGCCAAGGAAGAAUUGUAUGGCAACGAUCGAAGUGGAUUGACAUGCAUGUCAUCCGACGGGUGCCAGGGAACGUACCAAGCCGAAAUGCUCGAAAAGGCACUGUCGCCCAAAACAAUGAAGAACAUGGCGGAGCAUUCGUAUCGCACAGAAGUUGGCAAGUCCGAGAUGGAAGAUGACAUUUGGACGUGUCAAAAGUGUGGAUGUUUGGCGGUUCUAGAUGUUGACGCGAAAAAGGCGUCUUACGUGCAGUGCCCGGGCCCGGGUUGCUAUCACAAGAGCUGUCCUCUAUGCAAAGAAGACCCCCACGAUGGCAAAACCUGCCAGGAGUUCAAGGCAGAAAACGAGCGUUCCAACGCCCAUGCCCGCAUUGCGGACGCCAUGUCGGCGGCCGUGAUGCGCUCUUGUCCCAACUGUGGAACAAACAUUAUUAAAAGCGCAGGCUGUAACAAAAUGAAAUGCAGCUGUGGAACGAAGUUUUGCUAUGUGUGUCGACAGGUUAUUGUUGAUUACAGUCAUUUUUGCCUGACGCCGCUAUGCAAUCACACUUCGUGUGGCAAAUGUGUCCUCUUCACGGACUCGGUUGCGGACGAUCGUCGGGCUCGACGUGAUGCUGGCAGAAAGGAGCAAGAGGCUCUUGGUGCUGCUGCCGCUGAUCUCUCGCUACUGUCCCCAGAAAAGAAACCAGCUGCCACUACUGGCAAGGGGACUGCUGGUCGUUUCGGGCCGCCCCUUCAGCCCCAAAACAAUGCCGCUCCGAAUUAUGAAGCGUAUCUCGCCCAAUUUCGUGCACGACAAGCCGAAGCACGGGUGCAAGCCGAAGCACGGCGUCGUAUCGCAAUUGCCCGGGCCGAGAUCGAGAACCAGCGUCGUCGCGCAAUGGAUGCCCGGGCCGAGGCUGAGAAUCAGCGUCGUGCCCAUGCCGGCCUCUGGGGAGGUGGUAACAACAGUCCGUUCUAUGGCCUGUUCGGACGAAACAACGGCUUCUUCCCAAACUGAAAGUGGAUUGAUGCAAGCCCCUCGCCGCGGUCAAAAGUCUAAACAUCAGCUUUCUUGGGACCUUUGGAAGGAGGAGGCCAAUCCAUGAAACAUGAACCCUCGUGUAUCCCAUAGUCUAAAACAAAUCGAAACUGACAUUUUUCCAUUG